GUCAAGUUUCAAUUCAAAAUAUCUGUCAACAUUUCUUUGGAAGUGUUUACAAUUUAUAAUUUGUGUUAACAAUAAAUGGAUUUAAAUAGGAAAUAAUUAAGAUUACUCGAAAAUGGUUAUAUACGGAGUUUAUAUAGUGAGCAAAUCUGGCGGUUUGAUUUAUAACUAUGAUCACAACAUACCGAAAGUAGAAACGGAAAAAACAUUUGGCUAUCCGCUGGAUAUAAAACUCCAGUAUGAAAAUAAGAAAGUCGUCGUUGUUUUCGGCCAAAGAGAUGGAAUAAAUGUUGGGCACAUGCUGCUGUCUGUGAAUGGAUCACCAGUAGCCGGCCGCACCACUGAAGAUGGUAGAGAUGUCUUUGAUCUCAUUGAAGCUAAGGAAAAUUACCCUCUAAGUUUGAAGUUUGGUCGUGCUAGAGCAACAACAAAUGAGAAGAUAGUGCUGGCUAGCAUGUUCUAUCCACUGUUUGCAUUGGCCAGCCAGCUCAGCCCCGUGCCCAAGUCAUCUGGCAUUGAGCUCCUCACCGCCGACACUUUUAAGCUGGCCUGCUUCCAGACAUUGACAGGUGUGAAGUUCAUUGUGGUGACGGAGCCGGGCAUGGCAGGCGCGGAGGCAGUACUGAAGCGAAUCUAUGAAUUGUACUCAGACUAUGCGCUCAAGAACCCCUUCUACUCCCUGGAGAUGCCCAUCCGCUGUGAGCUGUUUGACACAUCUCUGCACACCCUGCUCGAGCUUGUGGAAAAAUCAGGGACAGCCAAUUUAUAGUCACAGUUAAUAGACCUGGAGAGAUUCAAGUCAUUUCGCUGUAAUAAGUCUCAAGUGACAUCAAAUUAUCAUUCAGUUUAUAGAAGAGUGUAUCUGGUUUUAUAAAUGUAGGGAGAGAGCUUAAUUUCUUUGUAACAAUUAAAAUAUCUCUUAUGGUAACACAUUCCCUGAGGACUUGCCUCUUGUAUAAAGUUAAAAAAUUGAUGCUCAUUCAAAUUGUUGCAAAAAGGGAAGAUUUGAUAGUUUGUUUGCAUUGAAUAAGCUCCAAAAUUGAACCAAUUUGAAAAAAAAAAUCACUGGCUACACUAUUCCCGGGUGACAUAACCUAUAUUUAUUACGAGAUUGUUUUAAUUCCGCGCGAAUAAAGUCGCGGGCAAUUGUUAGUUCACCGAUAUAUUAAUAGGAAACAUAUAAUUCUAAGAUAAACAUGGAAAUUAAAAUAAGCGAUAACCUAAAGACAUAUUUGAGUUUUUAAGUGUUGGUGUAAACGAGGCUUAGAACAAUUGUUGCAUUUCAUUGAGUGGUGAGUGUUGCCAGUACAGUACAGAAACAAUUCUCAUAACAUCGGCGCUGCGGAGUGUAAAUAAUACAGUGGCCACUUUUUAACUAGUAUGGCAUCCUCAUACAGAUAAUGAAUGUUCCCUAAAAUAUAGUUAUUUAAGAUAU